AUGGCUACAGAAGACGUUGUCCGUCGCGACGUCAUGGAGGAGGCCAUCUCGCCGAGGCAGCCGGCGCCCUCUGUCGAACGGGCUAUGCAGUCCAGUGGCCGGCUGAGCAACCCACUCAACCAUCUCGACAUGCGCGCCGACCCCGACGCACAGGCUACCGUUUCCGAUUUCCUCGACUUCACCGAAUACCUCCCCGCCGACAUCGCCCGCUCCCUCACGUUGAUCGGCAACCUAAGCGAGACCUACGUCAACAGCUCUUCGAAGCUCAACGACCUUAGCACUGCCUGGGGAAAGCUCCCUAGCAUCCCGUCCGCCGACCAAACUGGCGCCGUCCGCCUGCGCGAAGAGAUCGCCGACGACCUCCACCACGCCUUGAACUCGCGUGUCUAUUCGCUCGCCGAAUCCCAGCGCAUGACCGAGAAUGUCCUCCGUCACUAUACCCGUGCCAAGACCAUAUUCGGGAAACUGGCAACGAUGCGGGAGAACUAUUCCGCCGCCGAGGAGCAGAAGAGCCCUGUCACGGCCAAGUCACCUCAGAUGUCCCGGGCCUCUAAGGCAACCAUGCAGGGCGACGGCCAAAAGGUGCGGAGGCCUCGGGUCCCGCGGAUCACAGUUCCGGGGGAGGUACUCGCGCCUUACGACUUGAAUUAUGACGCAUAUACCACGGGGACGGACAGUAGCUCCGAGGAAGAAGAGAACGAGACCGAGGGGGUAACCCCCGCUCCGCAUGCGCGCAUUAAGUUGGUGAAGGGCGCGUCGAAGACCCCCAAGCCCGGCAGACCGCCCCGGCCUGCGGGUGCUGUCGCGACGCCAGGCACACCGGGGGCUGGCCUGCUAUCAACAAGCGCCGCAAUGGCUCAACUGGCUCCUCCCCCGGUCAAUGCUGUCGUCGGCGGGCCGGACGCUCCCUGGGGUCAGCUAACACCCUACGAGCUUGCCAGACUCAGGAAACGUAUGAAGAAGAAUGCCGCCUGGACCCCUAGUGAUACCAUGGUGGCACGUGAGCUGAACGGCUUGGGGCGAGGUGUAGAUGCGUUUCGAGCCGCGAAGCAGAAGGCCGAGGAGGAAGGGGAGGUUUUUGAAGGCAAGAUGCCCACUCCCGAUGUCGAUCCCGACACAGGCCAGACGCGGAUGCCGGCCGGAGCUCUGACCUUGGAAGCCCUCGCUUCGGACGAAAAGAACCUGAGCAAUCGCGGGAUGAAGCUGAACGAGGCUAAGAAGCUCAAGAGAGAAAUGCUAGCUAAGAUGGCUGCCGAAGAGGCCGAGGAGUCCGCCAGGAGGUUCGACGCUAUCGCUAGGACCCUUAUGUCGGACCCUAACCAAGCCAACGCCCAGGAUCAAUCCAAGACAGCCGCUAAAGCGAAGGCCCAGAGAAAGCGCAAGCGUGAUUCGGCCCCCGAGGCUGAGAUAGAAAAGCCGGAGGCGGUCGAGAGUCAGAGUCAGCCCCAGCGACCUCAGCUCAAGCGCACUAAGACAGAGACACCGGUCCCCCCUCCGCUCCUGACGCCGGGCGGCUCACAGCUGCCCCAUGAGACACCAACGCAAGCCCCCCAGCGCACGUCAAAUGCGGGUAUGCUGCAUUCCACCACGCCCAUCCCACUACCGAUCCAUAGCCAGGAGCCGUCCAUCACAGCAAAGUCUACAACGCCGGUAGCCUCAGCAACGUCUCCAGCCAGCAGUUACGCCGGCCCGACCGCCGCGGCACCCACCCUGGCGCCCGUCAAGCUUCCCACGGCCGAAACCCCGAUACCUCCUCCGGUAAUCUCACCCAAGAAAUCCAUGACACCCAUCCUUCCCCCAACCAGGGAAACCCGCAAAAGUCAAGCAGCGCGUGCGCAGGAGCAACAGCAGCUCGACGCUCGCGCAGCCCAAGUCAUCGGGGACAUCUCCCGCUCCGCGAGCCCGGCCACCACCCCCAACCCCGACCCGGACGCUGCAUCGACCGUCACGCCCACCCCGGCCGCCAGCACAGUCACCCGCCGCCCCGCCUCCCGCGGCAAGGCCACCAGCCAGGAGCCGCAACCCUCCCUCGCCGCAGACCGGCCCCGGCGCGCUAGCACCGCCCGGAACACGCCUGCGCCCGACCGGGCCGACCCCCAGCAGCAGCAGCAGCAGCAACAUCAGCAACAUCAACAACAACAACAGCAACAAUCCACCCCAACCCCCGCCACAGGCACAGGCACAACACCAAGCACGGGCACGCCCCCAGGCACCGCGGCGGCAGCAAUGGCGUCAACAGCGAACGCGAACGCGAACGCGGCCGCCCGCCCCGCAAACAAGCGCGCCAAGCGGCCCGCCCCAGGCAUCAUCAGCCGGACCAACAGCGGCGGUAAGAGCGCCGUGGGCAUGCGCAAGGCGGCGCCGCGCAAGAAGAGCGCCUCGGCGCGGGCGGGGAAAGCCGCCGCCGCGGCGAGGGCUGCGUCUGCUGGUGCGUCUGGCGAUGGUGCGGCGCAGGAGGUCGAGGUGGAUGACGAGGGCAACGUGAUCGAUCCGCACGAGGAACGGUAUUGCCUGUGUAAUCGCGUUAGUUUCGGGACUAUGAUUCAGUGCGAUAACGGUGAUAAUUGCAAACUCGAGUGGUUCCAUCUUGAGUGUGUCGGGCUGUCCGACAUUCCGGCGCGCACUACGAAGUGGUACUGCCCUGAUUGCAGGAAGCUGCUUAAUAUCGGCGAGAGGGGCGAGGUUAGUGCCCGGGGCGUGAGGGCUUGA